AAUACGUGACACAUGCAUGGAACCAGACUUAUCAACAUCCGAUGAACGAAACUACGAUGCAUAUGGAUCAUGUUGUUUUGAGGGAAACUCCCCCUCAACAUUGAUCGAUGAAUCACCCGUUUUUAUAGCCAUUUUUACCCCGAGACUCUGCCAAUGUGUUGCUCUAAGUAUCAGCGACGGACGUGACUGUGUUCUGAUCGGACAUUCUUAACCGAGCGGCCAUGGAGCAUCUUCCUCAGGAGCGCCAGCACCUGCUAGACCGUCUACUGGAUGCGGUCAAGCAGUGCCAAGUACGCUUUGGUGGACGCACUGAGCUGGCCACCGACAAUGACAGUCGGGUCUCGUGUCUGUGCGCUCAGUUUGAGGCUGUCUUGAUGCACGGACUAAAACGAGGAGGCACCAACCCGCUCAGUGCUCUGAAGCAAAUAACUGGAAUCCCUUUGAUAAAGCCAGAUGGAGAUCAGGCGUUUUGGCCUGUCGUCCGUGAGAACCUGACCAAGCAUGAGUUGCAGCGUUACAUGUCCCUCAAGUACAUCACAUCGGAUGCAGGGAGGGCCAGGGCGUGGCUAAGAAGCACACUCAAUGAGCAUUCACUGGAGAGAUACCUCCAUUCAUUUCUGGCUACUCCAGAUAUGCUCAAGCAAUACUAUGAACCUUGGUCAUUUCUGCUUGACGAAGAGCGAUCCAGUAUGAUUCCUACGAUGGCAAGGGGUCUGGGCUCCAUACUGUUUGCCAUUAACAUUGACAAGGAGGAACUCAAUGGAACCAAACAGGCACCUACCCUGACUUCUUUGAUCCAAACACCGGAGGUAGUUCACUCCUACAGCAUGGCACAAAAAGAUCCAGAGCCUGUGUACGUCACAGGCACAAGUACUGGAGGAGCCAAGGAAAAAAAAGAGAAGAAGAAAAAGAAGAAGAAAGGUGUCGUCUCAAUUGUUUCCUUCAACGAUGAUGACUCGGGCAGUACCGUUGUGUCUUGCGGGUCCCCACCCUCGCGCCUACACCACCAUCAACGACCCCGCAAGGACUCCACGGGGAACAAAGACAGCCCGCCAAAAACCACCACCACACAAGGUGGUGCAGACAGGCAAACGAUCGGCUUUGAUGUACCACCCAGUCAAUCCAAGCCUGGCGCACAGACUAGUGCAGGAUUGCCUUUAAGCAACAGUACUUAUAACACAGAAUCGCUUUUUAGCCGGACUAAGUCACUACCUGACGGAGAUCUGAUUGUUUUGAAUGAAUCACUGCCAAAUCUUCCCGGUACGACAUCAUCCAUUCCAAGGGAAGACGGUGAUAGGGAACCAACUAUUGCAAGUCAGCAGCAGGCAUAUCCAGAUGAGACCAGUCGGAACGGAAGCGGACUCGCACAACAAAGCCAGCCCAUACCGGUUCAGACUGGUCCAAUGCAGAACCUUACAACUCAGAAUCCGAUUCCUGUCACAAGUGCAGCGACCAACAUUCCCGAUCGACCAGCUUACAAUUACGGCUUGGACAAUAGGAACCUUGUCAACCAUACGGUCCAGCAACUUGCGACGUCCUUCCCGGCCAAAACGCCGCCCCCAACGCCAAACAGUGCAUCGUUUGUCCAGCAGUAUGAUCACAUGAGAGCCACGCUGGAUGCAGAGAGCGUCGCCGACAGGCUACGGCAGCAGGAAGUCUCCCCAAAGACUGGAUCGGAGUCCAGCAGUUUUGAUGCGGACGUUAUUGAAGGCACGCCGCCUAAAGGCUCGGAAGUUCAAGAUGGUUCUCAGCUGAGAUCUCGACAGAGCUUCCAUAUCAUCGGCAGUGGUGAUGACGAUUCAGAAGCAGCUAUGUACCCUGUUAAUGAGGAUUCUGCCUCACAGCAAGAUACACAGUCUACAGACUCCAGCAUGCUGGGUUUCGGUGCUGAGACCGAAAACGCUGCCAUCGGCUUACUACUGGCUCAAAAAAGCUUCAAAGAAAGCUUGCAAAACACGUUAGAUCCAAGCACACCAGAAGACACACUGUCCACAUACCAGACAAUGUCUAAUGAUGAGUUAAAACAAGCUGUUCUUGCCAUGAUGAAUCGGAAUGACGACUUGCAAGAACAAAAUAGGUCUUUGAGGAGUCUUCUAGACAGCGAGAUGGAACACACUGGUAACAUCAGGGGCCACCUGGAAGAACUCAAAUGCUCCACUUUGGAGACGGAGGAGAAACUACAAACACAACUUGGUGCUCUGACAAGGGAAAAUGAGGUCUUGAAACAUCAGCUGAAGAAGUAUGUUGGUGCUGUGCAGUUGCUGAGACGAGAUGGUUCCCAAGCUAUUGAAGGUCUUCCAGGUAUCCGUGUGUCGGAGCCCCAACCUCCUAUACCUGAACCCAAGCCAGACUUAAAUCACAGUAACCAGUUGGAACAGUAUGAGCGUAAGUUGAUCCAGGUCGCUGAGAUGCACGGUGAGUUGAUGGAGUUUAACGACUACCUCAGCAGGCAGCUCAAACUGCGAGAAAACAUCAUCCAGAGGCUACAGAACGAGCUGAUAGACCUCAGAGGACCGUUACCACGUGAUCAAACAGCAGUUGUUGGACUGUUAAACAACGGUAGUGACAGUGAUUCCCUUUCGUCCAAUCAGCGAGCCUUAGUCAACAUCUGGAUUCCCUCGGCUUUCCUCAGAGGGAGGGGCAGUGACGCCUACCAUGUCUAUCAGAUCUACGUCCGUAUCCGGGAUGAGGAAUGGAACGUUUACCGGCGGUACACUGAGUUCAGGGAGCUGCAUCUGAAGAUACGCAAGAAUCAUGCCAUCGUCAACACCUUUGAUUUCCCGCCCAAGAAAGCCGUGGGGAACAAGGAUUCCAAAUUUGUGGAGGAGCGUAGGAAGAAACUACAACACUACAUCCGGUGUGUGGUCAACUUCUACGUCGACAACUCCAGCGAACUGACUGAGAACCCAUGCAAAGAAAGACUCCUGAGUGUCCUGCCGUUUUUCAUGGAUGAGCCAACCAGGAAACUGAUCCGAUCGACCAGCGUGUCCAGGCCCAACAAGCUGGUAGCCGGCCGGAAACCGGUACCCGAAACACCUACUUAUGAUGGAUUAUGAGGUAUAAUAACAUUACCUAGGACAGCACAAAACCAUGUUUUUAUACCAAGUCGUCUUACAGAUUUUAACCGUGAAAAAGAAAAAAAAUUGGGAAAUUGUCCAGAUCAGUAUCUUACUGCACUGAUCUAUGUUUUUUUAAGUUUUUGCUGUUGGAACAUAUUUUGUCAGAAAUAUAUAUUUUUUAAUGCUUUUACAAUAAUUUUUGCAAAUGUUGGUUUUUAGCUUUUCCAUGACAUAUUUUCUUGGACAAUGCAUUGGUGCUCAGGCCCGAUUCUUACUACAGCAUCACCUAUAUCUCGAUGUGUGUCAAGGUUCGGAAAAGGAUGCAACUACAACGCAAAUGUUUUUAGUCUUCACACCUAUAUUCUUUCAAUAAGCCAGUUCAGUAUCUUGAUAAAGUAGUCUAUUGUCAAAGGUCAUUUGGGAUAAAAUGGCCGACGUGAUGAUACCCAAUGUUACGCGAAUGCCCUUUCUGCUUGUAAUUAACACGCGAGCGUCCUGCGCCCGUCUCCGUGCAUAUUCAUGCACCUUUCAUGAAUAUUUGAAUAUCCAAAAUGACCCUUGACCCAUAUCAUUGUGCGCAUGCACAGUUGAAACACCAACAUAUCUUAUCCGCUCCGUUCACAAGCACCCCUUCACCGGCAAAGGAAGUACAGUUGGGGGUGACC